AUGCGAAUGAAGCAGAUGAACUCAGCAAAGGUAGUUGGCAGUUCAGCUUCGUCUGGUGGAAGGAAACUUAUGAUCUAGGUGCUCACAUUCCGUAAUAUCGUCUAGAAGCAUAUAAUUUGAUUUCGUGGGGUAAGAUAGAGUAGCUCUUCGAUCGUUUAGGCACCUCCUAUCCUUCACCGCGAUUACUAGUUUGAGAAAGCAGUGCAUCAGCUUUUUUGUAAUUGAUUCCGCCAGCAUGUCUAGACUCCAUCUCAACACUUCUAAAAAGCGACACCAAAAUAAGAAAGGGUCAGCGCUGCAACGCCGCACCUGUCAACAAGACCAUGUAGGAGGUAGAGCACCAUGUUGGAGUCUGCGCAACCUCGCUGUUUGCGCCAACGCCUUCGCGCAAGUUGGAAUACAUCACCAACGCCUAUUCGAUAUCAUCUCACAGGAAGUUCCACAAGUUUUGGAUUCGACAAACACUGCUCACGGUAGUAGUCCUACGCGGAUUCGGCAACUGACAAUGCUUUUUUAUGCCUAACGGUGAAGCUGUAAUGGUGAGUGUGAAGGUGAUUGAUGCCAAAAUCGUAGGUACUAUUCCGAGAAGGUGGGCGUAGGCGUGAUUUUUUUAGAAUAACUUGUCACAAGCACGAGCGCAUUCUUCCUCUCAAUCCAUGAUGAUCUUGCACGCACUACGCUAUGAAGCUACAUAAAUCGAAUCCUCUAACUCCCGCAUGCCUACGGCAAGUUGAAACUGUCAAGAGAUCCUCUAUUGCAUCUUUUGUGGGCAAGCUUAUCAGCUGAAAUCGCUCAAAUAGAGAGUCCACAGUCACUCUGCUUGCUGCUGCAAUGCUAUACCAAGACAGCAGACGACGAUGACGCAACGAGACAGCAGUUGAUGAGCUGCUUUGCUGACAGGAUUGCAAAGAUGUUAUGGAGGCACACACACACACACAGUGAUCCUAUUUUCCCCUGAACUGACGUUCUUGCAGCGAAGUGGUACAACUAUUCGUCAUUAGUUGCAUACCUACGUGAAGGACAAGAAUAUCAGCGGCAUUACUCAGUAUACUUCUACGUUUCUCUAAGUUCUUGUGACGAGACCGAACUACAAGCUACCAGCGCAAGCAAGAUGUCACCACUGUCAAUCGCCACGUUGGCCUACUGUCUGCACAAAGGCCAGUCAUCAAGCGGGGGAGAACUUAAGACGCGUUAUCAUCUUGCAUUCCUCAACAGUAAAAACACAUGAGCCAUUCGACCUGGCUAUUAGACCUACACUGUCUUCAUUUUCUCCACAAGCAACUACCCAAGCACAAGCCAUUAAAAACACUCUUCAUUCUACUGUACAAUAACAUCAACAUCAUAGUCAUGCUCCCCGCGUCACCUUCUACUACUUUCCUGUUUAUUUUUCACCUUCAGCCCAUCCCCUCUAACUUCUAUCCCCGAAGUACAAGCCACGCUGUGUGGGCGUCACUUGCACAGCUUGCAACGAAGCGCUUCAUGGACACUCGCGGAAGCGAGAUUGCGAACCUGUCAGUUGCACUUGGCGGCAAGGAGGAUGUGCACUGUUUCUUUGACGCAGUGAAACGGAAUCUAGCGGAAUAUUACAGAGGACAGCAGCAAGGUGGAACAGCAGAUCUCGUAGAUGGAAGUGUGAAGGUGAUGGAGAAAGGAAUAGAAUCGCUUGGAGAAGAUGGACAUGGAGAUGGAGGCGGUAACGGAGGUAUAAAGAGGAGGAAAAGCAGGACGAGUAUGCUUAAGGCCUUGCGAAGACUCUGACGUCAUGAUCUUGAUACUUCUGUACUACGGUGCUUAUCAAUCAAUAGUCUGUCAGGACACGUUUCUCUUUUGAGAGAACUUUGAAAAGCAAAAGAUAAAGAUACUCGUUGCCUGUGAAUCAUUUACAUUUUGCAUAUUAUAAUUUUGCUAUAGCCAGGUACCCGUACCCGGGGGCUCGAUGUGCAGGAUUCACAACCUAAGCUAACCCGCAUCUCUAAGAAAUUGAGCAAGCGGUCUACCUCAAGUUCAACGCCGAGCUCAACUCCGUACUGUUCCUACACGUUCCAAGAGCUGACGUUUCUGGAGUUGUGCAAGCUUGCCGAUGGACUUGGGCAACAUCAACAGCCAACACAAGAAGAUAACGACAAGAGCUACACGAACAAGAAGCAGACCCCUCCUCUAGAACUUCACGCUGCACAUGGAUUAAUCGACUUACUGUCGAAACGGCUUUUGCAGUUUGAUUCCAGCAGUACAACUUCAUCAUCGCCUUCGAGGCUUCCGAUCAUACCAUAUCGAAACCUAUUGAAGAGCAUGGAGCGAUUGCAGAUCCUGCCUCUGUCGGACGACUUGUUGCAGGCGGUCAGUCAGAAGAUUGCGCUGGCAAGAAGACGUGGGGUAAAUACAUAGAGAGUUUUUAGUCAAGAUUUGUUGCCGAUGCUUUUUUUUUCUGUAUUGACACAACAGUCUUUGGCAAAGUUUGCGUUUUUUUUAGCACUUUUCUCUGUUUCCAAAUGAAUCAUUCCAAACUUGAGUUGAGAAUUAGAGGUCUUUCCUGGGAAAGUUUUUUGGAUUUACAAGUGAACGAUGAAGAGUGUAAAUUUGACUCCACAAAGAUAUGAACAAUGACUCGCACAUUCGACGAUAUUGACACAGACAUCUAAUGAGAAUGAGGUUGUCAACGGACAUCUAAUGACGCGCACACGGCAUGACAUGAUGAUAACAACUCGGAUAAACGCUGUCUAUCAUGUGACCGGUUUUUCACUUUUUGAGGAUUGCACACUCACAUGGAGUCUACAUUCAAG